GGGGGUGUGAUUUUUGUUUGUUUUUUUUAUUUUGUUUUUGGUUUUGCUUUGUUUUUUUUCUGGCGGUGGUGGGGGGAGGGCGUUACACCCUAGAACCCUUAGCCGUAGUGCCUUUGUUCUCGGGGGGCCUAGGCCUACGUGGUAGUCUAGUGCGGGAACAGCAGUUAUCUUGUUUUUUCCCCCAGAGUCAAGCUUCAUAUCGCCUUUGUUGGUUAAACUAUUUUAUUUUUGUACAAUCGUUUAUUAUUAUUGUGAGCCUCUUUAGUAAAUUGUGACUCCGACUUCAGUCUUCCUUAGUAUUUACUUCAGCAUUAUAGAAAAGGGGGUGGCUUGAGUGGCCUUAAUUUCCCCCAUGAGUUUUUAAAAUCAGGACAAGGGGCAGGAUGUGCUGCAGCCGCUGGAGCUGAGAUUGCUAUGCAGCCCGUGGUGAAGACCAUGGUGAAGCAGCUGUGCCCCUGCAGCCCGUGGAGGAGACCUACGCUGGAGCAGUACUGCGGCACGGGCGCGCUCUAUGAGCAGGCUUGACCCUAGGCUCAAGAUGGCGGCAGCAGCAGCGGAUAAACAGAAGCACGAGCACGGACGGGUGAAGAUUGGGCACUAUAUCCUGGGCGACACGCUUGGCGUCGGUACCUUCGGCAAAGUCAAAGUUGGUAAACAUGAAUUAACUGGGCAUAAAGUCGCAGUGAAGAUCCUAAAUCGACAGAAGAUUCGCAGCCUUGAUGUUGUAGGAAAAAUCCGCAGGGAGAUCCAGAACCUCAAACUCUUCAGACAUCCUCAUAUAAUUAAACUGUAUCAGGUCAUCAGUACACCAACUGACAUUUUCAUGGUGAUGGAAUAUGUUUCAGGAGGAGAACUGUUUGAUUAUAUCUGUAAAAAUGGAAGGCUUGAUGAAAAGGAAAGUAGACGUCUGUUCCAGCAAAUCCUUUCUGGUGUGGAUUAUUGUCACAGGCAUAUGGUAGUACAUAGAGAUCUGAAGCCUGAAAAUGUACUGCUUGAUGCACACAUGAAUGCCAAGAUAGCUGAUUUUGGUCUAUCAAAUAUGAUGUCAGAUGGAGAAUUUUUAAGAACAAGCUGUGGUUCCCCUAACUAUGCUGCACCAGAAGUGAUUUCAGGAAGAUUAUAUGCAGGUCCAGAAGUAGAUAUUUGGAGCAGUGGAGUUAUUCUCUAUGCUUUGUUAUGUGGAACACUUCCAUUUGAUGAUGAUCACGUGCCAACCCUUUUUAAGAAGAUAUGUGAUGGUAUCUUUUAUACCCCUCAAUACCUGAAUCCAUCUGUAUCUAGUCUUCUGAAACACAUGCUGCAAGUAGAUCCAAUGAAGAGAGCAACAAUCACAAACAUUAGAGAACAUGAAUGGUUUAAGCAGGACCUUCCCAAGUACCUGUUUCCUGAAGACCCAUCAUAUAGUUCUACCAUGAUUGAUGAUGAAGCCUUAAAAGAAGUAUGUGAGAAGUUUGAAUGCACCGAAGAAGAAGUGCUAAGUUGUCUGUACAACCAAAAUCAUCAGGACCCUUUAGUGGUUGCUUAUCACCUCAUUAUAGAUAAUAGAAGAAUAAUGAAUGAGGCCAAAGACUUCUACUUGGCUACAAGCCCACCGGAUUCUUUUCUUGAUGAUCACAAUCUGUCUCGACCUCAUCCUGAAAGAGUGCCAUUCUUAGUAGCUGAAGCACCACGUCCCCGCCAUACUCUUGAUGAGCUGAAUCCACAGAAGUCAAAACACCAAGGUGUAAGAAGAGCGAAGUGGCACUUGGGAAUACGGAGUCAGAGUAGACCAAAUGAUAUCAUGGCUGAAGUUUGUCGAGCAAUUAAACAACUGGAUUAUGAAUGGAAGGUUGUAAAUCCAUACUAUCUGCGUGUUCGAAGCAAGAAUCCAGUGACAAGUACCUAUUCCAAAAUGAGUCUACAGUUGUAUCAGGUGGAUAGCAAGACAUACUUACUGGAUUUCCGUAGCAUUGAUGAUGAAAUUACUGAAGCAAAAUCUGGGACUGCAACUCCACAGAGAUCAGAUUCUGUGAGCAACUGCAGAUCCUGUCAAAAAAAUUCAGAUGGUGAUGCACAGGGAAAAUCUGCAGAUAUAUUCCUUACACCAUCAGUGACCUCUUUGAUUGAGUCUUCUAAGGCUGAAUUAACUCCAAGACGAGGGAGUAAUGCAAUAGAAUUCUUUGAGAUGUGUGCAAAUCUUAUUAAAAUACUUGCACAAUAAGUUUGAAAGUGGGCUUAUUUCUUUUACAGCAAUAAGCAUGCCUAAGUCAUAGUCAGAGGCUUCCAGUCAUAAUCAAGUUAAAUUAACUAAGGUGCUGAAAAAACUAGGCACAGAAUGCAAUUUUCAGGGGGAUUGGAAUGAUUAUAGGCCAUUAUGUACAUUAUUUUGAAGCUGGAGUGAAUUCUGAUUGUCCACUGUCCAACAGCAUAAUACAGGUAUAAGAAGUCACAAAAUGGGGUAGUGUUCAUAACACUUUACAUUGAUUGCACAUUAAAAUUGAACUAUUUCAGUUAUACUGGCCUUCUCGCUUUUUUCCACUGAUAAUACAUACAUCUAAUGCACUGUAAGUAAAUGUAGUUCAGUGACUUAAGUAUGACUUGAUCAUCAUCUAUAGUUGUGCCUUAGUUGAUCAGAAUUGGCAGCAUCUAACAGUAGUAUGUUUAAAACUGAUGUUUCUUCCCUUUUAUUUGACAGUAAAUGAUAAAGAAUAGUUGAAUGCAUUAUAAUAUACUAUUUUUAAUAACAGAUAAAGUUUAUUAAAUGCAUGCAAAUACAACCAGGUGAAAAUACAUGUAGGGGCUUUGUAAUGCACCAAGGGUGAAAUUCUGUGAACUGUAAGUAGAACAAUUCAGGCCACAGCAGUGAUGAGAGGUUUAAUGUCGAGAAGACUUGGCACCCUGUGGGCUGAAACAAAAUGUGGUGCUGUGAAGAACUGUCAGCAGGUUCCUGAUCUGUGCAGAUUUAGUAGCUCAUAUCUUAGUGUGGUAGCAGCACAGCAGUUCCCCGCUGCUACUGCAGGCUGAGAAUCCUGUUCCUUAUAAACACAUGCAUGUAGUUAAUAGCACAACUCUAUGGCCUCUUGCAUGCUAUUCCAGAACCUAAAAUUUUCACUCUUAAAAAUAUGUUCAUAUUUUGAUACAGCUGUUUAUAUCAUAUGCUACCUUGCCAUAUAUUUUAUAGAAUUCACAUUGCAGUUGAAAAUACAUAUAUACGUUUAGGUUUUUCAAAGCUGCUUUUAUAGUGAACUCUGCCAUUUAAAUUGUGGCAUUAAUAGUCCAACUUUUCAAUUUAACAUUUAAAACUCAUCAUGACAGCUUAUCAUAUAGUCAUAGAAUGGUUUGGGUUGGGAGGGACCUUAAAGAUUAUCUGCUUCUACCUCCCUGCCAUGGGC